AACGACAUCACGAUAUGAUAAUGUCAGCAACUAGUACACCGGGUGAUAUUGGUCUCACUAAUUAACACUUACAAUAAAACCACAUUUCAAUCAGUACACAGGUGUUGUAAAUUAUAAAAGUUAUAAAAAAAGUUACAGAUCCAACACACCCACAGCGAUGCACCCAUGGGUCCAGGUUUUUACUCUCGUCCUGGGCGUGUCUCUGACCCGAGCCUCGUUCCUGCUGACCAUCUCCAACAGGAACCUCCACACUGACGUCACCGAUCACGUGACGCUGGAGUGCAGCUUCUGGGGCGACCGGACCGACAGCGCCAUCUUGAACGUGACGAAAAUCGAAAUUUUAAAACAGAGGAACGCGACUCUGUUUGACACGGCGGCCCAGGAAAAUCUGGCCACUGGUCUUGUCAGCACACACGUCAUCAGCCCGACCGUUGUCCUAUCCGGCAACGUCGGCUCAGUCUUACAAACAUUUCUCAAAAUCACCUGGCCAGUCGUGACCAGCGACGCCAUCGGGCAUUUCCGUUGUGACGUUACGGGAUUCGAUUCACAACAGCAGGCUGUUACGGAAUCCUCCCCCGUGAUCGCCGUUCAGGAAACGGAAAUAACCCCGCGAGAUGUGUUGAAUUUCUUCCUGAAACAGAGAGACGAGAUCAAAGCCUUCUGCCUGGAUCAUAUCUCAACCUCUGGAGCCGUCAUCGAGAGCCACGUCAGCUCUGUACAGGAAAACCAAACAGCGGAGAAUUUAGCUCUGGAGCUAAGUUUAAAAUCGGAGCUUAACACAGGUCAAGCUGCCCAGGAUACUGAAAUAAAUAAUCUAAAACUAAAAUUAAAUGACCUUGAGACGAAGCUGACUGAAAGCGAGGCUGCCAUCAAAAACCUCCAGAACCAACUCGACGACCUCAAGGCUGUUCCUGUAACCCUCCAACCAGUCCAGACAUACGAACCCUCCUUUUGGCCUGAGGGCUACUUCAGCCUGUUAAUGCCAGACUCCGGAUGUCCGGAAAGCCAGAGGUUCACUUGGGCUACCGGCUACCGGAAGUUCCACACCGAAUCCGGAAACGCCACCAACCUCGACGCGGUCUCGCCCAACUCUCACUUUAAAAAACCAGUGAUGGAGACCAACAACACCAACCACUACAUGUACCAACACUUCUGCGUCAACAACGUCAGCGUGGACGGCCUACCUUGGCCCAACGGCUCCUAUUGCAUCAACAAGGUCGCUAAAUCCUGCCCGGACGGGUUCCACUCCGGAUACAUCCACUGGGCCGGGGAAAUAUCCGACCCCAUGUCCUCCGCUUCCGGUUCCCUCCCCUUCGCCGUCAUCACCGACAUCCAUACCUACUUCUACUACUGCUGCCGCGCCGACGGUCCUCCGACUACCCCGAUACACCUGCCGAGCGCGAAGCCGUUCUACCUGUACCGGUACAAUGGCACGUGCCAGCACGUGACCGGGAUGACGGCGCACCCGGAGACCAUGACCUUUGACACCGACAGCCGGGGGUGGGACAACUACGAGAACAACUACCACCCCGACAGCCAACUACACGACGUGGUGUUUCAGACGUGCUACUACCAGCGUGAUGCCUAGACAACAACAACCACCCCGACAGCCAACUACACGACGUCGUCUUUCAGACGUGCUACUACCAGCUUAAUGCCUAGACAACAACAACCACCCCGACAGCCAACUACACGACGUCGUAUUUCAGACGUGCUACUACCAGCGUGAUGCCUAGACAACAACAACCACGGCGACAACCAUCUUGACAACCACCCCGACAGCCAACUACACGACGUCGUCUUUUAGUCGUGCUACUACCAGCGUAAUGCCUAGACAACAACAACCACAGCGACAACCAUCCUGACAACCACCCCGACAGUCAGGUGGACAACCUGGUCAUUGGUGUCUGCUACCAUCAACGUAAUGUCAAGACUACAACAACCACAUCGACAACCAUAUUGACAACCACCUCACAACCAACCUGAAAACCAUCCAAACAACCAUCAAGACAACCACGAUGACAACCAUCCCACCAGUCAUACAACAACAACACACUUUAAACAGCCAAUCAACUACUAUUAUCAUAGACACGUGACUUCCGCUUUACAAGAAUUGUGAAGAAACUUACGAGAAUUCAAUUAUCUUUUCAAUUUUCGGAAUUUCAUCACAGUAUUCAUAAAUCAUUUCCAAUUAAAACAUUGUUUCAAAGAAACAAAAUGCCUCUGUAAUUUUUAGUAG